CCUCACACGACAGGCGUGGGAAUCGAUGGAACGCCUCCUGGGCCCUGUGGCUCCCCGCAGUCGUGCUCUUCCUUGGCUGCGCUUUCCUCAGCCCUGCGUGCAGCAGCUGAACUCGUGAGAUCGCUGAGUGGCACCCACAGUUAUUCUGACUUGAUUUCCUUUUGUUUCAGCGGAUGUACUCCAAGUCGGACUGACACUGGAUCCAGCCCUCUUGUGGUGCCCAUGCUUCUUUAGUGAGGGAGAGGCGACAUAAGAAGCCUCGCCUUGUCCAUCCUGCCGUGUCCUUGAGCGUCAUGAUCAGGCCUGCCCUGAUGCUCACUGGUCGUGGAAGCACGUCCACUGCAUUCGACCACCAAUCAUGAACGGGCCGAUGCACCCGCGCCCCCUGGUCGCACUCCUGGAUGGCAGGGACUGCACGGUAGAGAUGCCGAUCCUGAAGGAUGUAGCUACGGUGGCAUUUUGUGAUGCACAAUCCACGCAAGAAAUCCACGAAAAGGUACUAAAUGAAGCAGUGGGCGCACUGAUGUAUCACACCAUCACUCUAACUCGUGAAGACCUGGAGAAGUUUAAGGCUCUUCGGAUUAUUGUUCGGAUCGGAAGUGGCUUUGACAACAUCGAUAUUAAAUCCGCCGGAGAUUUAGGGAUUGCGGUCUGCAACGUGCCGGCUGCGUCCGUGGAAGAGACGGCGGACUCGACCAUGUGCCACAUCCUGAACCUGUACAGACGAACCACCUGGCUCCACCAGGCCUUGCGGGAAGGCACGCGAGUGCAGAGCGUGGAGCAGAUCCGGGAAGUUGCUUCCGGGGCGGCAAGAAUCCGAGGGGAGACCCUGGGCAUUAUCGGGUUAGGGCGCGUGGGACAAGCCGUGGCGCUGCGAGCCAAGGCCUUCGGCUUCAACGUCAUUUUCUACGACCCGUACCUCUCCGACGGCAUCGAGCGGGCCCUGGGGCUGCAGCGGGUGAGCACCCUCCAGGACCUGCUGUUCCACAGCGACUGUGUCACCCUCCACUGCAGCCUCAACGAGCACAACCACCACCUUAUCAACGACUUCACUAUCAAGCAGAUGCGGCAAGGGGCCUUCCUGGUGAACACGGCCCGCGGGGGCCUGGUCGACGAGAAGGCGCUGGCACAAGCCCUGAAGGAAGGCAGGAUACGAGGAGCGGCCUUGGACGUGCACGAAUCGGAGCCAUUCAGCUUCAGUCAGGGCCCGCUGAAGGACACGCCGAACCUGAUCUGCACUCCACAUGCUGCCUGGUACAGUGAGCAAGCCUCCAUAGAGAUGCGGGAAGAGGCGGCGCGGGAGAUCCGGAGAGCUAUCACAGGCCGCAUCCCAGACAGCCUCAAGAAUUGUGUCAACAAGGAGCACCUGACUGCAGCCACGCACUGGGCCAGCAUGGACCCCGGGGUGGUGCACCCCGAGCUGAACGGCGCCGCGUACAGCAGGUUCCCGCCCAGCGUCGUGAGCGUGGCCCCGCCUGGCAUCCCCGCCGCCGUGGAAGGAAUCGUUCCCAACGCCAUGUCCCUGUCGCACGGGCUGCCCCCCGCCGCACACCCGCCCCACGCUCCCUCGCCCGGCCAGACAGUCAAGCCCGAGGCGGAUAGAGACCACCCGAGUGACCAAUUGUAGCCCGCAGGAGCAUCAUUCCCAGCUUGGCAGUUGCAGCUCUGAGGGCGCGCGGAAGCUCAGUCGGACUGUGAAGCGAUGCAAAGCCACGAACAGGCGGAGGAGGCGGCCACGUCCGCUUAGAAACUGGUCCAAUAUGGUGGGAGAUGGCAAGAAGAUUCGAAAACCUUAUUCCUCCAUAUAAAAUGUAGUUUGUCCCUGUCCAGUGACCUGAUUCACCGUUUCUGUGUCCUUUGGGUUCUUUGUUAAGCCAGAGAAGUUAGUAGUUAAUUAUAUCAUGAAUGUACUUGUCUGUGUACAGUUUUUAGAACAUUAACAAGGGUUUGUUUGCAUAGCUGUCGACAAGGAAAAAUACACCGAAGGGAGGCAUUCGACAAACCAGUUUUGAGAUCCUUUGUUUUUCUAUGUUUAAAAAUGCCCAAAAAUGAGGCGGUUGGUGAACUUCUCAGGAUAACGAUUUCCCCAUUUUUCUUUCUACGCCACACAGUGCAUUGUUUUUUCUACCUUCUUGUCUUAUUUUUUAGAAUAAUUUAAUAAAAACAGUUUCUCCUAAUUUUGGCACAAAUUUCCCUUACUCCAGAAUGAAGACAUUUCAAAGAGAUUUUGAGGUGCAAAUAAAGGUUUUGUAUAAACAGGCGUUGAUGCUUUUUGUCACCAGUUAAAAGUAUAUAUUAUUGAUGGGAGGGGAGGGGGUGGGGUGGGCGGGAGAGGCACUCGACUACUGGAAAGUAGCAGCAUUUCAUCGCCACAUGGAUUCUUUCCUGGUAACGUGGUAGGCUAGCAAUAUUUUGGGUUAAAAUCAUGUUUGUGACUGUAUCCAUUUGUAUGAAUUAUUUUAAAGAAAUAAAAAUCCCAAACCAA